CCUCUAGGCGCCGGGACAGCUAUGGCCGCCGCCGCAGUGGCGUUUCGCUCCGUGAGUCGAGCGCAGCCCGCCUCACGCUGUCGGCACGUUAAGCUGCUAUGGGCGCCGCGGCGGGGGCACCGGCUUUCGCCCGCCGAUGACGAGCUGUACCAGCGCACGCACGUCUCUCUGCUGAAGCAGGACCUCCCCCACGCCAUGUACAUCGACAGCUACAGCAGCCGCGGCUUCGUGGUCAACGGAAACCGCGUGUUGGGGCCUUGCGCGCUGCUCCCGCACUCGGUGGUGCAGUGGAACGUGGGAUCCCACCAGGAUAUCACCGAAGAGAGCUUCUCCCUCUUCUGGAUGCUGGAGCCCAAGAUAGAGAUUGUUGUGGUGGGCACCGGAAACAAGACCGAGCGGCUCCACUCCCAGGUACUACGGGCCAUGAGGCAACGGGGCAUCGCUGUGGAAGUGCAGGACACGCCCAAUGCCUGUGCCACUUUCAACUUCCUGUGCCAUGAAGGCCGAGUGACAGGAGCUGCUCUUAUUCCCCCUCCUGGAGAGACUUCACUCAUGAAUCUUGGCCAGGCCGCAGAAUGACCUACUGGGACUGGAGUCUGGACAGCGCGCACUGCUCCCAGUGCUUAGCACUUUUUGUCCUUUGACGCUUGAAGACUUGUCAUCCUUGCCCAUAAUAAUAAUUUAUACAACUCUCCCAUUUCGAAUCA